AUGGCUUCUGCAUUAGCUGGUGAUGACUUAAUGAGGUCCAUGAGCAGGAACAUGAGCCGAAACAUGAGCCGGAACAUAAGCCGAAGAGGAAGUCUAGCAUCAAGAAGCACCAGGGGUUGGGGUGCAGCUAGUAUCAGGGAAGUAUUCACUACACCAGGUCCCGAUGUUUUCCAGAAAAGUGGGAGAGAAGAUGAUGAAGAUGAACUCAUGUGGGCUGCCAUUGAAAGGCUUCCAACAUAUGAUCGAUUAAGAAAAGGAUUCUUGACUCAAGUUCUUGAUGAUGGGAAAGUUGUCCGUGAAGAGAUUGAUGUUGCAAAUCUUGGACCCGAAGAGAGACAGAAUUUGAUGAAGAAUAUACAAGAAAGAAUCGAUAAUGACAAUGAACGACUUCUUGAACGACUCCGAGAUCGUAUUGAUAGAGUUGGAAUUGAGGUUCCGAGGAUUGAAAUUAGAUAUGAGGAGUUGUCGAUUGAAGGGGAUGCGUUUGUUGGAAGUAGAGCACUUCCAACUCUGCUUAAUUCUACCAUCAAUUCGAUCGAGGAUGUACUCGGUUUCAUGCGACUUUUCCCGAAUAAGAAAAGGGUAGUCAAGAUCCUUCAUCAAGUAUCAGGAAUCGUCACACCAUCUAGAAUGACUCUACUUCUAGGACCUCCCGGGUCAGGAAAGACCACAUUGUUGAAAGCACUUGCGGGAAAGCUCGAAAGUGAUAUGCGGGUAACUGGGAAGGUGACAUAUUGUGGUCACGAAAUGGACGAAUUUGUCCCUCAAAGAACUUGCUCUUACAUUAGCCAACAUGAUCUACACAACGGUGAAAUGACCGUGAGAGAGACCAUGGAUUUUUCGGGACGUUGCUUGGGAGUCGGGACACGAUACGAGAUGUUAGCAGAAUUGUCGAGACGAGAAAAAGCCGAAGGAAUCAAACCGGAUGCUGAACUUGAUGCAUUCAUGAAAUCCAUUGCAGUUUCCGGACAAGAAUCUAGCUUGGUCACCGAGUAUGUUCUUAGGCUACUCGGGUUAGAUAUUUGUUCAGACACGAUGGUCGGAGACGAGAUGAGACGAGGCAUAUCCGGUGGCCAGAAGAAACGAGUUACAACCGGUGAAAUGCUCGUGGGACCCACAAAGGUUUUUCUCAUGGACGAGAUUUCAACUGGUCUCGAUAGUUCCACAACAUUCCAAAUCGUAAAGUAUAUGAGACAAAUGGUUCACAUCAUGGACAUUACUAUGAUAAUUUCCCUCCUACAACCCGCACCUGAGACUUUCGAACUCUUUGAUGACAUAAUCCUUCUUUCAGAAGGUCAAGUCGUGUACCAAGGCCCAAGAAAGAACGUUCUUGAGUUCUUUGAACACGUUGGAUUCAAAUGCCCAGAAAGAAAAGGCGUUGCAGACUUCUUACAAGAAGUCACAUCAAGAAAAGAUCAAGAACAAUACUGGUUCAACAAAAGUAUAGCUUACAGAUACGUUUCUGUAGACGAUUUCGUUCAUUUUUUCCGAAACUUUCACACCGGUUUAAAGAUCUCAGCUGUUCUUCAUGUCCCUUAUGACAAAUCUAAAGCUCAUCCAGCCGCUCUCGUGACAAACAAAUACGGGAUAUCGAAUCAAGAACUCUUCAAGGCGUGUUUAUCGAGAGAAUGGCUUCUGAUGAAAAGAAAUGCUUUUGUGUAUAUCUUCAAGACUACCCAAAUCACAAUCAUGGCUUUGUUCACCUUCACCAUGUUUUUUCGAACAACGAUGAAGCAUGGUGACAUCGAUGAUGGUGGAAAGUAUUAUGGGGCGUUGUUUUUCAGUCUGAUUAACGUUAUGUUUAACGGGAUGGCUGAGCUUGCUUUGACGAUUUUCCGGCUACCGGUGUUCUAUAAACAAAGGGAUUCGUUGUUUUAUCCUGCUUGGGCUUUUGCUCUUCCGAUUUGGCUCCUGAGACUUCCUCUUUCACUUAUGGAAUCAGGAAUUUGGAUUCUUCUUACUUAUUACACUAUCGGGUUUGCUCCUUCUGCUAGUUGUUUUUUCCGACAACUGUUGGCGUACUUGGGUAUACAUCAAAUGGCGUUAGGUCUAUUUCGAUUCAUUGCUGCACUUGGAAGAACACAGGUUGUGGCGAACACUCUCGGCACUUUCACUCUGUUGCUCGUUUUUGUUCUUGGUGGAUUCAUUAUCGCGAAAGAUGACCUUCAACCAUGGAUGAAAUGGGCAUAUUACCUAUCUCCCAUGUCAUAUGGACAAAACGCAAUCGUUCUUGUUGAGUUUCUCGAUAAACGAUGGAGCGCUCCAAACUUCGACACAAUGUAUCGAGAAUCCACAGUCGGGAAAGAACUUCUAAAAGCCAGAGGAAUGUUCACUGAAGGCCAUUGGUACUGGAUUUGUGUUCUUGCACUCUUCGGAUUCUCACUCGUCUUCAACGUUUGCUUUGUGUUAGCACUCACGUUUCUGACUCCCAUGGCGGACUCUAAAUCUGUUACAGACGAUGAUGAUGCCAAGAAGAAGAAGUUAGCAUCCUUAGCAACCAAAUCCGAAUCUAAAAAGGGGAUGGUGUUACCCUUCAAGCCAUUGUCUCUUGCAUUCGAUCAUGUCAACUACUACGUCGAUAUGCCUGCUGAAAUGAAAAGCCAAGGAGUAGAGGAGAAUCGUCUGCAACUUUUACGAGAUGUUAGUGGCGCGUUCAGACCGGGGGUUCUGACGGCGUUGGUCGGCGUAAGUGGUGCCGGAAAAACGACGUUGAUGGAUGUGUUGGCCGGAAGGAAGACCGGAGGAUAUAUCGAAGGAAGUAUUAGCAUCUCUGGUUAUCCCAAAAACCAAGAAACUUUCGCUCGUGUUAGUGGAUACUGUGAACAAAACGACAUUCAUUCUCCUCAUGUCACCGUUUAUGAAUCUCUCUUGUAUUCUGCUUGGCUCCGAUUAUCUUCGGAUGUCGAUGAAGCAACACGAAAGAUGUUUGUGGAGGAAGUUAUGGAGCUGGUGGAGUUGGGUCCAAUAAGAUAUGCUCUCGUCGGACUUCCGGGGGUGGAUGGAUUAUCAACGGAGCAAAGAAAGAGGCUGACGAUAGCGGUGGAGCUUGUGGCAAACCCUUCGAUCAUCUUCAUGGAUGAGCCAACUUCAGGUCUAGAUGCAAGAGCAGCGGCUAUCGUCAUGAGAGCUGUCAGGAACACGGUGGACACUGGCCGGACUGUUGUGUGUACUAUUCAUCAACCGAGUAUAGACAUUUUUGAAGCUUUUGAUGAGCUGUUCUUGAUGAAGAGAGGAGGGCAAGUCAUAUACGCAGGGCCUCUUGGACAAUAUUCGCACCUUCUUGUCGAGUAUUUUGAAUCGAUUAAUGGAGUUUCCAAGAUCAAACAAGGAUACAACCCAGCAACAUGGAUGCUAGACGUCAGUUCUACAGCAGUUGAAGCUCAACUUGGAGUCGAUUUUGCAGACAUUUUCGCAAAUUCUGAUCUCUACAAGAGGAAUGAAAAGCUUAUCAAAGAGUUGAGUACACCACCAGAAGACUCUCAUGAUCUUCAUUUUGCUACACAGUUUUCACAGCCGUCUUUUGAACAGUUCAAAGCAUGUUUCUGGAAACAACAUUGGUCGUACUGGCGAAACCCACAGUACAACGUUGUUAGAUUUUUCAUGACGGCAGUUAUUGGUCUUAUAUUUGGCGUUAUCUUCUGGGGCAAAGGAGAGAUAAUGAGCAAACAACAAGAUUUGUCCAAUCUAAUGGGAGCAAUGUAUGCUGCGGUUUUGUUCCUUGGUGGAACAAACACCUCUGCCGUUCAAUCGGUUGUCGCGAUUGAACGGACAGUGUUUUAUCGAGAAAAAGCAGCCGGAAUGUACUCAGCAUUACCGUAUGCUUUUGCUCAAGUUUUGGUGGAAACCAUUUAUGUUGGGAUCCAAACAUUUCUUUAUAGUCUUCUUCUUUACUCCACGAUUGGAUUCGAAUGGGAUUUGGGGAAGUUCUUGUGGUUCUAUUAUUACGUGUUCAUGUGCUUUGUGUACUUCACUUUGUAUGGAAUGAUGCUUGUGGCUCUUACUCCAAGUUACCAGAUUGCUGCCAUCGUCAUGUCCUUCUUCCUUAGCUUCUGGAAUUUGUUCUCUGGUUUCCUCAUUCCAAGAACACAAAUCCCGAUUUGGUGGAGAUGGUACUAUUGGGGAUCACCGGUUGCAUGGACAAUAUACGGGCUUAUAACAUCUCAGCUAGGCGACAAGACAAACCUCGUUCAUGUGCCUAAACAUGGAAACAUGGAGGUUAAGGUUUACCUAAAGGAAUUCCUAGGAUACGAACACGAUUUCCUAGGAUAUGUUGCUCUUGCUCAUGUUGGUUGGGUACUCUUGUUCUUUGCUGUCUUUGUAUAUGGCAUCAAGGCAUUGAACUUCCAAAGGCGAUGA